AUGGAAAAGAAAACUGACUGGAAGGCAGUGACGAUGGCCGGCAUUGUAACAUUCCUGUCGGCCGUCGAAAAUACUGUAGUUACAAUGUCCGAAUGGCCCUAUAUGCACACGAUCGACCGCGAAGCCACUUCGCAGUUUUUCGGAUUUGUGUCCUCCGUGUCGAAAUUCGGACAUGCCAUGUUUGCCGUCGUGUUCGCUUUCUGGACCUACAAAAUUCGAAGCACAAAGAUGCCACUGAUUGUGGGCCGCGUGACCGCGUUCGUCGCCUGUUGUCUCUAUCUGUCCGUCGAACUUUUACCAGAAGGGAGACGGUAUCUCAUGUUGCUGUGCUACUUCCUCUUCGGGAUUGCCAGCAGUUCGUCAGCGGUACUUCGCGCUUACCUUGCUGCCGUCAGUACGACACAAGAUCGGGCGAAGGCCUAUUCGGCAUUUGUCGUUGCGACUAUGCUCUCUAUUGUUAUCGGACCAGUUUGCCAACUUAUAUUCGCGUCAAUACGAUAUCCUGGAUUUGUGCUCAUCGAGGGAUUUCUGAUGUUUCAUAUUUAUUCGGCACCGAUUUGGAUCGCGACGUUCACAAACUUCAUCUCAGUCGCCAUCAUCCACUACUUUCUCAUUCCAAGGCUACCAACCACGUGGAAAUUUGACUUGAUGAAUAUACAGAUGGGUUACUCGUUCAAUCUGGAGAAUACCAAAGCUUGGAUUAGACGCUUGCACUCCAUGGAUCUCAACUGGCCUCUGAUCAUAGUGUUCUGGAGCAGACUUUUCCUCGCAAGCUAUAUGAAUCAUAUCCAAUAUAGUGUUGUUUCUCCAUUCGUGAUGAUCUCCUACGGAUGGGACGGCCAGAAAACGGUGAACGUGCUCUCGUUAUGCAUGGGUGUUGUUGGAGUUCUUGCUAUCAUCAUCGCAGUGGCGUUCAUUUUUCUUCGAUUCGGAAACAUAAUCUCUCCGAGGUGCUCGUUCUUACUUGCUGCUUCCGUGACCGCCGCUAUGUACGUUCUCUCAUACCCAUAUGAAAUGACGAGUCACAAAAUGCUACCGUAUAACGAAACAUUGGGGACUGGUUGCGAUACUCGACAGUACACGUGGUGUGAUACCGCCUAUGGAACAUCGCCGAUUGUCUUUCUCUCAGUCACCUGCGUUGUGAUGGGCAUCGGAGUGCCCAUGUCCGCAAUUUCUCUGGACACCAUCUACUCGAAAGUGCUCGGAAAUAUUGACCAGGUUAUAUCUAGCGAUGAUAUCGUGUCUACCGAACCAUCAUUAUUUAAGGUUAGACCUAUCAUUAGCUGCGCGGAUGGGCCAACGUUGCUGAAGUACAUUCCUGCUCAUCUAACGUACACCCAAAUGUUCCUCGAUCGUCUACGCAACGCGCGACCCAACAAAGCGUACGUGGUGAAGUCCUUCGACGUCACUGCCCUCUAUACGAACGGUCGAAUGACUCCGCUAUGCAAGCCAUAA